AGGGAGACUCAAGUGAUAUUUUGCGAUGCUUGAAACGCCUUCAGCCUUGUCUCCUGUCCAUAAUUGGCUAAAAGAUGUCCCUGACGAGGACCGAAAGGGACCGUUUCCCAGGAUGCAGCACACUGCUGCUGUCUCAUUUCUGCAAAUACCCAGGAAUCUUAAGACCAGGUUUCUGCGAAAGCCUGGCCCAGUACCAGCCAGCUGGCCACUGGGAUGAACUGGGACGUUUGCCUCCCGCGUGUGACGCCAAGCACAAGCAGCACCCUUGGGCGAAAGGGUGAGAAUUCUACAGGCUCUGGAGAAUGGCAGCUCUGGAAAAUGCAGCACUGAGCAGCCAUGGAGAAGAUGCAGCAGGUUGUUGGGCGGGCGAGAGCUGCCUUCAACUCGGGCCGUUGCCGCUCGCUGGAGUUCCGGCUGCAGCAGCUGAAGGCCCUGGAGCGGAUGGUGCAGGAGAAGGAGAAGGAGAUCCUGGCAGCCAUCAAGGCAGAUCUGCACAAGAGUGGGCCCAAUGCCUAUGGCCACGAGAUCCUUGGCGUGCUGGGGGAGCUGGCUCUGACCAUGGACAAGCUGCCAUCCUGGGCAGCCCCGCGGCCUGUGAAGAAGAACCUACUGACGAUGCGGGACGAGGCCUACAUCUACCCCGAGCCGCUGGGGGUGGUGCUGAUCAUCGGGGCCUGGAACUACCCCUUUGUCCUGGUCAUGCAGCCUUUGAUCGGGGCCAUCGCAGCAGGUAAUGCCGCCGUUGUGAAGCCAUCAGAGAUCAGCGAGAACACAGCUCGGCUGGUGGCUGAUCUCCUCCCGCAGUACCUUGACAGGGAGCUGUACCCCGUGGUCACUGGAGGAGUACCCGAGACAACAGAGCUGCUGACCCAGAGGUUUGAUCACAUCCUCUACACCGGCAACUCCGCAGUGGGCAAAAUCGUGAUGGCAGCAGCUGCCAAGCACCUGACGCCCGUCACCCUGGAGCUGGGUGGGAAGAGCCCCUGCUACAUCGACAAGGACUGUGACCUGGCCGUCGCCUGCAGGUCAGGCUGUGGCAAGUCUUUGGUUGGGGGGUUUUGGCUGUACUGUGCUCUUUGGCAGGAAUUCUAUGGGGAAGAUGUGAAGUCAUCUCCAGAUUAUGAAAGGAUCAUCAACAAGCGUCACUUCAAGAGGAUCAUGGGCCUGCUGGAAGGGCAGAAUAUCGCUUAUGGAGGACAGACUGAUGAGGCCUCCUGCUUCAUAGCACCGACUAUCCUCACCGACGUUUCUCCGGAGUCAAAGGUGAUGGAGGAGGAAAUCUUUGGGCCAGUGCUCCCCAUUCUGCCCGUGAAGAACGUGGACAAAGCCAUUGAGUUCAUCAACCGUCGUGAGAAGCCCCUUGCCCUCUAUGUCUUCUCAAACAACAAGAAGCUGAUCAGACGGGUGAUAUCGGAGACCUCCAGCGGCGGCAUGACAGCCAACGAUGUCUUCAUGCACGCUUUGGUUCCUGAUCUGCCCUUUGGCGGUGUGGGUAACAGCGGGAUGGGCGCCUACCACGGCAAGCACAGCUUUGAGACCUUCUCCCACCGCCGCGCCUGCUUGAUCAAGGACCUGAAGAUGGAGGUUGUGAACAAACUCCGGUACCCACCUGGCAGCCAGAAGAAGGUGGAUUGGGCCAAGCUCUUCCUCUUGAUGCAGUUUAACAAGGGCCGAGUGGGACUGGUCAUGUUGGCCGUGCUGGGGAUUGUGGCAGCGGUGGUGGCAAAGAUGGUGUGCUCCGGACGAAGUGGGUGAUCAACAGUCAGCAACACACCGGACCUGUAACCAGCCACUCACUCCCUGCAGUCCUAGUGCUGAACUCUUUUCUGCUGCAAUUUCUUUUCUUCCAAGUCAGCCAAUGCACUGAAGAGGUAGAAGCAAAUGAAACCCACCAAAAGCAGAGAAGCCCCAAGCAGAAGGCCCCAGCUCCCACUGAAACACAGGAAUUGGUUCAGACCUCAGCAGUGAGUGGUGGCAGAUGGAAGGAGGCAGCAUCUACCCCGCUUUGCAAACAGGAUCCCAUCUAAAAGCUCUGGGGAAUGGAGGAAUCAUUUGUCACAAGGGUAUCGGAACAAAGCCAGCUGUUGCUGAGCCUGUUGUCUGUGGAACACAUCGUGUGAUCCCCAUAGAAAGCUGUCUCAUACCAGCAAUAAGCCUGACCAAAUGUGGGUCUUACUGAAGGGGACAGCCCAGGCUGGUUGUCCCCAUCAGCCUGCCAAGAGUAGAGGGAAAGAACCUCCAAGAACCUGCAGCACCCCACCCUCCAAAGGACUCACGACAAAACAGGUGAUGUCUCAUUGCAGGGGGAAACCACCUUUAGCCCUCCAAGGUGUGAAAGGCUACCUGAGGUGACAGCAAAGGCUGUGGGAGCUGUGCCCACACUCUGCCCAAGGACUCAAGGAGCACCAGGGACCACCAUGCUGCAUCUGGGGCUGUGUGACAACAGCGGCAUUGCUGCCACCAGAGUCCCAGGUCUGGGGAAGUCCUUGGCCUCAGCUGAGCAGCCAGCCAUCUCACGUGUAAUUGAAUUUCCACUUUUUAUUGGUUUACUGGGAGUCUUUUACCUC